CGUGGAGCACCUGAAGGCAGCACUAACAACUGCAAGCAACACUGCUGUGUUUACAGGGAAGCGAAGAUGGAGGAGUAUCCCUCCAAACAAGUGCCCGAAAACCUCGACGACCCUCCCAACAGCCGACUGUUCGUGGUGACGAGUCGGUCCAUCACCGAAGAUGAGUUGCGGGAAAGCUUCUACGUGUUUGGAGACAUUCAGGGGGUCUGGGUUGUCAAAGACAAGCAGACAAAGGAGUCCAAAGGCAUUGCCUACGUAAAGUUUGCCAAGUCUUCUCAGGCCUGCUUGGCCAUGGAAGAAAUGCAUGGCAAAGUCCUGGUGGAAGGGACUAAACCUGUUAAGGUGUUUAUAGCCCAGUCACGGUCAUCAACGAGACACAGAGAUGUUGAGGAUGAGGAGCUGACCAGGAUUUUUGUCAUGAUCCCCAAAUCCUUCUCAGAAGAGGACCUCAAAGAAACAUUCAAAGAGUAUGGGGAUAUUGAGUAUUGUGUGAUUAUCAAAAACAAGUUUACAGGAGAAAGUAAAGGCCUCGGCUACGUAAGAUACUACAAACCCUCCCAAGCUGCCCUCGCCAUAGAGAACUGCGACAAAGCCUACAGGGCCAUCCUGGCUGAACCUCGAAGCAAAUCAACAGCAACAGAAGAUUACAGCUCUGGAGGAGCAGCAGCCAGAAAUGAUUAUACUGGCGGCUCUGAAUCCAUGAACCAGUAUGCGUUCUCAUUGGGCGACCCUGGGAACUACACAGUCAUAGAUUACCGCCACGGUGAUUUCACACGCUGUCUCAUGGUGUCCACGCGGGUUGCACUCAAUCAGGAGCAGAUUUUUUCUCUGUUUGACAUUAUACCUGGCAUGGAGUACUGCGAGCUGCAGAGGGAUGCCUAUGGAAUGAACAAAGGCCAUGCUUUGAUUCGCUACAGCAAUCUUGGGUCAGCACUUUAUGCCCGAGAAAAGCUAAACGGCUUUGAAUAUCCACCUGGAAACAGACUGGCUGUAAAUUUUGUUGACGACGGCGAGGACCGCGGCAGUCCUGUAGGUCGGAUGGCCAUGCAGUUUGUUGCAGCACAGAUGAUGUCAGCGGUCUGGAACGGACCAUCCAGCAGCCAAGUGAUGAAACCUGGCUUCUCUGUUGUCUCAUCAGUUUCUCGAAUUCAGACCGACGCCAACCUGCCGUCACUGAAGAAGCUCGCUCCGCCUGACAGCAAAACCAAGGAGCGGCUGUUUGUCGUGUUCAGCCCCUCCCCGCUGCCCCCCGAUGUGUUGGAGGAUGUUUUUUGUCGCUUUGGCUCCCUCAUUGAAGUCCACUUGGUUCCAGGGAGAAAAGUUGGAUACAUGAAGUAUGCAGAUAAACAGUGCGCAGACGAGGCCAUGGCAGCGCUCCACGGACGCGUCGUUAACGGGGUAAAGAUGAAGGUGAUGCUGGCUGAUCCUCCCAGAGAGGAAUCUCAUAAACGUCCUCGUACCUACUGAAGCCUACAUGACACGAACCAAUGUGUCAGAUGCUUCGGGUAUAUUUGUUGACUGACCACAAAGUAAAGACGCUCUUAACAAACGUUGACAAAAGAGCAAAUAUGAAGCAUAUAAACACAAUAAGUACAAAAAGGGAAAGGAUCAGUGACAGUGUGAGGUGAUGGCUUGAAGUAAUCUGGGAGUUCAAAUUUCAGCAGCGUAGUGGGAAACAAGCGUAACUGUGAAGAUGCACACUCUUGGCUCUCUACAUCACCUGUCAGGGUCUGUUCAGGGACAAGAAAGGCUCAGUGUGUAGGCAGGCUAACCAACUACAAAGGACCAGUGCUACUUCAUCAGUUCACAAGGAAGGAAGUGCUGCAGUGCUGUGAUGUCUGAUCCAACAGGUGGUAUCAUGGAGGCAGGUAGACGUGCAAAAAGAAAACGUUAGGAAGUGCUACACGUACAACAAAGUAUUUAUGAAAUAAAACACUAGGAAACACCAACUUUCUGGAUUUUUCCUGAUCUAUUAGCAAUGUCACAGCAUGUGUUGUACAUAAGUGUCCUUGCAAUACUACGUCUGGUCAGUAAAGCAAAAAAACACAGAUCAGAGUGGGGUCUUCAAAUUGUGUCGAAGGCUUUCAAAGCCUGAUUAUAAGCUAAAAGAAUUCAAGGUAGUAAAAGAGUAUUUAUUAAUCAUUAUAAAGUUAUAUCAUUACACAUAAAGCUUUGCACCCCUACUCCACUUCCAUUGCAGGUUAUUAGAGUUUAGAAUAUUUAACCUCAAUGUUACUCACAGCGAAGGCCCUUUAUGAUUUAUUUGCAACUUAAAUAAACUGUGUGAGAGCUCCUUCACGUCACCCACCUGUGCACUCCUGUGAAGCUCUCUCCUCAUGAGUCACGAAAGCGACACUAACAAGAUGUCAACAAGUUUCUGAUGACAGUCGUUUCUCUUCCUGUGAAUAACACUGCAGCUUCUUGUUCCCCAGGCGACUGUUGCCAUGACACAAUGACACCUGACCUGACAGACCGAUAUCAAGACCUUCUCCCGACCUCUGACACGACCUUUGACACCUGUCUGACCUUACUCCCGGUCAGUGACCUUGCAGCGACUCACUGAUAGGACGCUCCAGUGUUAUAACACUAAUAAACUGAAGUCUUAAUCGUGAACAGUCUGUGAAUAGCAGCAUGUGUAGUUUGUGGUCAGUGUCAUACUUUCGUGCUUUCUAAGUGCAAAAUUUCAGCCUCGACACUGCUCUUUGAUUUAACAGAUUAUUUAAGAAACGCUGACGUGAGAAGUCUCAUGGCAGUGUGCAGCAUUUUACUUUAUGAAAAGCUGCAGGCAGGAGGCUGCAGUUUACUGAUAAGCUGUGAAAAACAGGCUUUGGAUGUGGACAGUUUGUAGUUCAGAUCUGGUCCUCCUUAUUUGUCUGAUGGUAUGCUCUGUAGCCUGUGCUGGGCUCAGUUAAAAGGUGGUUAUUUGAAUGACUGUGAACCUUUUUCUUUUUUUGUCAAUAAAAAUAUAGUUGAACAUA